AUGACCACCAGGUGUUUGCUGAAUGUUUGCCUUGUACUGCUCUUCUCUACUGAAAUCUCAUCUCGGCUCUGUACCAUGCUUCAUUUCCAGAAGAACACAGUGAACAAAGAGAGCUUGGAGCUUCUGAAGAAAAUGAGCAGAAAUUUCCCCUCACAAUGCAUAAACAAAAGGGCAGCUUUCAAGCUCACCCAGAAUGUUACUGAACUUUCAGUGACGCAGAAAGAGAAUGCCAAGGUGGCAAUUCAAGAGAUCCUCCAAGAGAUCUUCAACAUCUUUAGCAAAAACCUCACCCAAAGUGCCUGGGAUGGGAUAUCCAUAGUCAGGUUCUUUACCAGCAAAAUUGGACUUUACCAGCAAAUUCAGCGGCUGGAGGCAUGUUUGAGAACACAGAUGGAGAAGGAAUUAACCAACCCGGAAAGUGAGGACCUCCAGCACACCAGUCAGAGAGUGAAAAAAUACUUCCAGGGGAUAGAUGCUUUCCUGAAAGAAAACCAAUACAGCCUGUGUGCCUGGGAGAUCAUUCGUGCGGAAAUACACAGAUGUUUUGUACUUAUUGACAAACUCACUAGAAGGCUUAGUAACUAA